AUGGCGCGCUUCGAGAUUCCAUUUUCAUGGUCCCGUCUGAGAGGCAACAAUCACAGAUCGCUCCUCGCCAUCCACAAGAAAUACGGUGAUCGGGUCCGUGUAGCGCCCUCCAUCGUCUCCCACACCACCGGAGAUAUCUGGAAGGAUGCCUACGGCCACGUCAAGGGCAAUGCCGAGUUUCCCAAAGACACCGCCUUCGUGCCGUACAAUGGCGUGCAUGGAAUACUCACCGCGGAUCGGACUGACCAUCGACGCUUUCGACACUUGUUCUCGCAUGCUUUCUCCCAACAGGGCCUGCUCUCGCAGGAAGCUAGGGUGCAGGGCCAUAUCGAUGGGUUCAUCGAGCAAAUGAAGACUCGUGCUGGGAAGGAGCCAUUGAACAUGGUUGAGUGGUUCAACUGGCUGACAUUCGAUAUCAUUGCCGACAUGUCUUUUGGGCAGUCAUUCGAGUGUGUGGAGAAGAUGGAGACACAUCCGUGGGUUGUGGGUAUCCUGCAAGGUGUCAAGGCCGCUGUCUGGUUCACCGUUCUGGGAAGGUACGGUCUGCUGGGUUUCCUCUUCAAGAUACUCCCACAGAAGCUACUAGAUGCGAGAAGGACGAAUUAUGAAUACGUCUCGGCUAAGUUGGACACUCGGAUCGAACACGCGGGCGAUAUUCGAGGCGACCUAUUGGAUACGGUAUUGCAGAAGCCACUGGAUGACCCGGAGAAGGCAAGUCUGUUGCCGCCAGAGCAGAGAUAUCUCAAUGAGGAAGAGCUUAAGUCGAUUUGUGGAAAUUUCGUCCUGGCAGGAAGUGAGACAACAGCUACACUGUUGUCUGGCGCUAUCUUCCUGCUCCUGACCCACCCACGAGUACAUGAAAAGUUGGUCAAGGAGCUUCGGGAGACGUUCCCGACAUCAGAGUCCAUUACUAUCGCCGCUGCAAACGACAAGUCGCCGUUCCUACUGCAGGUGUUAAAUGAAUGCCUUCGAGUAUAUCCGCCAGUGCCAUUCAUCUUCCCCCGGAGCGUUCCCGCAGGCGGCGCGACGAUAUCGGGACACUUCUAUCCAGAGGGCACCCAAAUGGCGACUUGUGCGAUGGCGGCGAACUUUGUUGAGUCAAACUUCGCGAGGCCGAAUGAAUUCCUGCCAGAGAGGUGGCUCCCGAAGGAUCAGCGGCCUAAGGAGUUUCAGAAUGAUAACGCGAAUGGAUCAUUCCAGCCGUUCAGUACCGGGCCAAGGAAUUGUAUCGGCAGGAAUCUGGCGUAUGCUGAGCAAAGGGUGACGCUGGCGAAAUUUCUCUGGAAUUUUGACUUGAGCAUUCCUAAGGGGGUCUCGGGCUGGGAGAAGUGGAUUCAAGAGAUGGAUGUAUUCAUUCUGUGGGAGAAGAAUCCGUUAAUGGUUGAUGUGAAGGUGCGGAAGGGUAUUUGA